CGCCCGUCUGCCUCUACACCUCCCCCCGCCAACCUUUGCACCUCCCCCCGCCACACCCCGCCACGCCCCUCCACACCGCUCCGCCCACCUCAGCCGACUCGACACCGCCAGGAUGGACCGGUUAAGCAGGAUGCUCGCCGCCGCGCAGGGCAUGGGCGGCAUGGGCGGGCCCGCACAGGACACGCACUUGAUCGACAACUCGGAAACGGUGUACAUCUCGUCGCUCGCGCUGCUGAAGAUGCUGCGGCACGGUCGGGCGGGCGUGCCGAUGGAAGUCAUGGGCCUCAUGCUGGGCGAGUUCGUGGACGACUACACAGUGCGAGUGGUAGACGUGUUCGCCAUGCCGCAGUCCGGAACAGGAGUGUCCGUGGAGGCCGUCGACCCCGUCUUCCAGACCAAGAUGAUGGACAUGCUGCGACAGACAGGAAGGCAGGAGACAGUCGUGGGCUGGUACCACUCACAUCCCGGUUUCGGCUGCUGGCUCUCGUCGGUCGACAUCAACACACAGCAGUCCUUUGAGCAGCUCACACCCCGCGCCGUCGCCGUUGUCGUCGACCCGAUCCAGUCGGUCAAGGGCAAGGUCGUCAUCGAUGCCUUCCGGCUCAUCAACCCGCAGACGCUCAUGAUGGGCCACGAGCCCCGCCAGACCACAUCCAACGUCGGCCACCUCAACAAGCCCUCGAUCCAGGCCCUCAUCCACGGCCUCAACCGCCACUACUACUCGAUCGGCAUCGACUACCGCAAGUCGGCGCUGGAGGAGAACAUGCUCAUGAACCUGCACAAGCACGUCUGGACAGAAGCGCUGCAGAUGGACGACUUCAACGUCGAGGGCGAGCGGAAUCAGGACAGGCUGCAGAAGCUGGUCACGCUGGCAGAAGGCUACGAGCAGCGGGUCAAGGAGGAGACGGAGCUGUCAAAGGACCAGCUAAAGACGCGCUACGUUGGAAAGGUGGACCCCAAGAAGCACAUCUCGGACGUCGGCCAGCAGCUCAUCGAAGACAACAUCGUAUCCGUAUCGAGGCAGAUGAUCGACAAGGAGGCGUCAGUGCCAAAGUCCAACGCACGGCAAAACGGGCGCGCAUGCCAGGAGGAGGCCGACGAGAUGGAGGAGUAGCACUCUACCAGGAACGACGUGUACAUCACUCCAGAGAGCCGCCUGCACAUCAAGCUUGCGUUCGAUGGCGCGGAAAAUGGUGCAGACUAGGCGUAGAGACAUACUCUCACGCCGCCGUUCGGUGUGCAUGGCCAACGAGCCGCUUGGGCACGGGAGCAUCGAUAGUACCUCAACGAGCAUCAACGUGAAUAUGAUAAUCGACAUGACCAAUCCAAAG